AGUUACGAAAUUGAAUCGUAAUUUUUGUUAGACUCAACUGAGAAUUCGGAUCUCUCUCGUUGAUCGAAAGUUUAGCGUCAGCGAUAUUAUUUCCUGUAUUGACAGCAAAUUCGCUUCGCUUUUCUGUCAACUAAGAAAUGACAGAACAUGGAUUGGACAUUAGAGAGGGUUAAUGAUCCAAGGAAUUUCAUAAUUCUCGAAAAACACCAACGAUCGUAUUCGUGUGGUCGAAAACCAGACAAUGACAUCAUCUGUCCUAGUAUUGUAGUCUCCAGGCAACACUGCCUCUUUGUCAGGACUGGCGAUGGCUUUGCAGUUAUUGAUUUAGGGAGCUCUAAUGGGAUUUAUGUCAAUGGACUUCUUCAGGAACCAAAGGCUAUGAUCGAGCUUCAUGACAAUGAUAUAAUUGGUAUAGGUAGUGUAGAAACGUACAGGGACAAUGAGCCAAUGUACGUGUAUAAACUUCGCAAGGGUAACAGGAAUUUAAAUAACCUUGAAGAAUUCGAUGAUCUAUUGACUCAAAGAUCAGAAUCGGCAAAGGAAAUCUUAGAAUCUGCGAUUCAAGUUGUUCCUCAAUCCGAACCAACGAAUUUGGUAUCGUCUGUAGCAGAAAAUGCUAGAUGCACACGGAAACGAAAUUUGCCAAUUGCAAAUACUAUUGAGUUGGAUUCUGGAUACGGAGAUCCAAAAAUCCCUAAGUGUAAUAACGAGCAUCGGAUAAUACAAGACAAUAAUGCCAAUGUUUCUCAAGUCAAGGCAACCGUCGUUCUUGCUGACGUAUCAGCGAAACAAGAAGAUAUGUCACCGGAAGUGGAAGAAAUUCAAGAAAUUUGGUCGACAAUAAAAAAAGUCGAUGUACCGAAUCCAAAAACUGACCUACCGAAACCAAAGCCAAGAAUUGACCCACCAAAGCCGAAAAUCAACAAUACCGAUAGGCCAGUAACUCCAGUGGUUCGCACUAAUGGCGCAGAUAUGGACAAGUUUAACCGUUCGACCAUGAAUCUCGAAAGUAAUGAAGAUCAAAUGUCCUCAAGGGUAGUUGAAGUGAGCAUCGAUUGUGAGGAGAAGCUCAUAAAACCAAUAACAACAGAAGCGACGCCAGAAACGAUACGAAAAUCUGUGUCUCUAAAGCAGAGCGAGAUAAACGACUGUCAUGUCUCUGUGCCAAGCUACUGCAAGGAAACUAUAGCUAAUGUGUCUAAACCAAAGAGUACCAAACUUCAUUCGAAGCCUUCCUGUUCUGCCUGGUUAACAAGUGAUGUUCGAGAGCCUGACAAAAAUCACACGGUACCGAGUAAAAGUAGCCGAAAAAAUCGAUCGAAAAAGAAAAACGAAGAUAGGUCGAAAGAGAAAAAAUCCACAAACAAAUCGGCGCAAAAAGUUACUACGGAUGUCUCUAACGCGACAAAAACAAGAUCCCUAAAGUCACCUCCAAAGUCAAUGCAAACAGCAGAGAAGGAGAUCAAGCCGGAGCACCAAUCGUUCCAUGAUCAAAAUCCAUCUGCCACUUCUUCCCCGUUCAAAUUACGGACUGUUAAGGAAGAGCCAAAAACCAGUUUCUCAAUUAUCGACAUUGUGGAUUUGAGCGAUGACGAUGAGGACAUUUUCCCGAGCUCUCAGUUGUUUGAUACGACUAAAAACGAAGAUGUGAUAGACAUUGAAGACGGUCCGCCAGAGAUAAAGUCGGAACAUAUUCUAGACGCGUAUGACAUCAAAGAGGAAAUCAUUGACCCUGAGUAUGAAGAAAUAAUUGUGCCAUCGGACAGUGACGACGAGGACAAUCCCUGGCUUCAAAGGCUGUCGGAGAGCCAGCGGAUCAAAGAAGAAGAGCCGGAAAGUCCGCUGAUGGACUUUUACGACGAAAUGAAAAAUCUGAAUCUGGAUUUGUUAAAUGCAGCAGUAUUAGCGGACGCUAAGGUUCCCGAAAGUGACGAACCGGAAGGAAAGAAAGAAGGCAACCAUUUUGAGAGAUCAAUUAAACCAUCGCAGCUCAUGAGUGUCAAUGAUAUUGAGAAGGAACUUAAUAAAGAGAACGAAGAUGACUUGGACUGUGGCAUCUUCCACGUUUCUGACCCUUUACCCACUUUAACCGAAGAAAAAAGAACUCCUGAGAAGGAGCUUGAUAAAUCUCUACCGAUAACACAAGCCACUCCAAAAGGUCCCAAGAUUAUUGAGCCGUUGCAUUUGCCGCAACGAAGACGCUCCAGUGUUAAAGACUCGUUUACAGCAUCCAGCAAACGUGACGACACUUCAUCUCUGGCCUCAACUAGCACAGGACGUGCCGAACUGAAUGAUUACAGUAUUGAGGUAUCCAAGCUGCCGUCGAAUUUGACGUCUAAACAGAAACGUCUACUACAAAUAGACAGUAAGAUAAAGCAGAAGCAGUACGAGGACGAGCAGAGGCAGAGAAGAGUCAAGAACAAAUGGGCGCAGAAUGUUCCGCUGCCUCUAGGGAAAAGGAAGAGUUUACCAAUAUCUAAGAAUGAAAAGUUAGAGAUUGUCAAUCAACGAAAGGAGAAGUUAAAGGCAUUGGCUAACAAGGGAAAAAUGAAUUCGGCAAAACCUUCGGUGGAGCGUGUUGCUCCUCAAGGCAAAGCUAAAAUCAGUGCUAAGAACAGAGGAGACUUCUUGAUCAGUGAACAGCAGCAACAAGCCGCCUCAACUUCGAAAGCCUCUUCGCAACCGGGUAAACCUUUGAAGAACAAGAAGGAAUCAAAGAAGAGUACAAAGGUUGCGGAGACACCGUCAACUUCAAUAACUGCGCAAUCUCAGCCCAGCAAAUUGGCGAGUUCUCAGAAAAUUUCUAGCCAAACGGUGCCACUGAAGUCCAGUAAGAAUAAGAAGGCGUCUGUGAAUAAGGUUUCAGCACAGUUACAUGAAGAACGACUGGAAGAUAAGAGCAAAGGUGUCGAUGAAGUUACCAAUUCAAUCGCCACGGUUAAGAUUGACGAAACGAUUGGAUUAGUCAAGGAAGUAUCGCUGAAUCAGAAGGAAAAUCGGGUCCCAAAUUCGUUGGAUAAAAAACGGCAGGGAAAGAUUAAGAAGAAAGUUAGAUUCGACAUGGCAGCCACGAAAGUUAAGGAAUAUCAGAUUGAUCCUAAUAAUAAGUUGAAGACAUGUCCUGGGAAAGAUGCGCUUAUACCCAAAGAUAAAUUAUUGGUUCCUCCGCAGCAAGUCGUCAAUACGGAACAGUAUCCCAGAUUGGAGGAAUUUUUAUUCCACAUAUUGACAUGGAAUCCAUCGUGGCUUGAAGAGCAAAAGCACCUGAAAUCUGAACCGCCGAUUGUUGUCGUGGAUUCAUGGCUUAAAGAACAGAAACUUAUAAAAUCUGAACCGCCGAUCGUUGAUGACAAUGGUUUGAUACCGUUGCUAACAAAUUAUAAAAAUUACAAAGAAUACUAUCACAUUAUGGUGCCACUUUUACUUCUUGAAUUGUGGCACGGAAUCACUAAGGAAUUCGAAAGUAUCGACCAAAAUAAGAGACGUCAAACACUGUUUUGUUCCAUCGUCAACAAUUCGAUAACCUCGGAAAAACUUCCAUCAGUUAAUGCGACAUUAACCACAAUGAUGCUGGAGAUGUUGGCUAACGAAGAUGAAAUAAAAAGGCAAAUACAUCCUGUUUAUGGCGAUCUUGUAUUUCUGGAAUUAUGCUAUCGUAAUGACGAUGGUAAACUUCAUUUUUCAAAGGUUUUCGCCUACAUAACGCACCUGCACAAAUCCAAAAUUACGCCACAUACGUUUUUCAAUCGUGACCUCGGCAAUUAUGUGAGAAGACCGACCCACGUUCUUACUUACACGGUACUUACCAGACCAUUGAUAAAAAAUCUCUGUAACAGACCAUUGCGAUUGAGAUGCGUAACUUAUCUGCGAUCCAAAAUGAGAAUGGUUCAAGCUCUGCAGUUAUUACCCAGGUCGCCUCUUCUUCUCUCGAUACUCAAUCCAAAGUUUCAAUCUCGAAAAGAUUUGGCUCAGCCUCAAAAACCACUCCAGAACUCUCUGAUUACCAAGGACAAGCUGAAUUCCAAGCAGGCAGAAGCAGUGUUCAAAACGACAGAAUCAAUCGCACGUAAAGAGCCAAAAAUCUGUUUGAUUCAAGGACCUCCAGGAACAGGUAAAUCGCAUGUUAUCGUCAACAUGGUGAUGCAGGUCCUGUACGGCGAUAAUAGGUACAGAAGGAAAGAUGCAAGCUUGAGAAUUCUUCUCUGCGCUCCGUCAAAUGCUGCCGUCGAUGAAAUAGUAUUGCGCCUUUUACAACGCCGGGCAAAGUUAUCGAAAGAUGAUCGUUUCAAGAUGGUUCGCGUAGGAAUGGUCAACACCAUGCAUCCAAAAGUCAAAGAAAUAUCUGUCGAAGAGUUGGCCAAACGAGAUUUGAAGAGGACACACGACAGCUAUCGAUUUUGGGGCCAGUCAAUGGACAGCGUCGAAGAAGAGAAAAGAUUUCUAGAGGCAAAAAUCAACGCCUUACAAUCAAAGUUGACCAGUACACAUAAAGUCAAUGAAGAUCAAGCCCACUGCAACAGGUUAAAACUUGCAGAUUUGAAAACGAGAUAUGAUGUUAUAAAGAAAUGCGGUCAAAACGAAAGUAACACGGACCCCCAAUACGCAUUGAAACAGGAACGCGAUACUCAGAACAAUAUUUUACUUCGUGCAAACAUAAUUGCCUGUACGUUGUCAUCCUGUUACACUAACAUAAUGGAAUCUGCAUUUGGUGACAAACAAUUAAAUACAUCCAAAUUUGCUCCUAGUGGUAAAAAAAACAACAUAUCAGUAUGCAUUGUGGACGAGGCGACGCAGAGCUGUGAAGCAGAAACUUUGAUUCCGCUAAUGUUAGGAGUGAAUACUCUAGUCUUGGUAGGAGACCCGGCUCAACUUCCUGCAACGAUAAUUUCUCAGAGAGCGAAAAGGCUUGGUCUCGAUCAGUCUUUAUUUUCGCGAAUUCAGAGAGCUCAGGAAAAUCUGAAAAACAACUCGAUUAUCAUGCUGGACACCCAGUACAGAAUGGAUAGCCACAUAUCGCAUUGGCCCAACCAGUUUUUCUACGGUGGAAAACUCAAGAAUGCUGAGGUGAACGAUGGUCGAACCGUUCUUCCAUUUUAUCCGUAUAGAAUACUGAACAUGGCUACUACGCAAAGUCAUGACAAGUUUUCGAACACCGAGGAAGCGGAAUUUGUCGCCAAUCUCAUACACAGUAUGAUCGACCACAUCGAUCAGAUAAAACUAUCGAAUCAUAUAUCAAUAGGUGUUAUAACGCCGUACAAAAACCAGCAAUAUUUAGUGGAAGCUAAAAUCAACCAGAGGAUCACAACCACCAUGGAGAACCUCAGGAGUAGAAUAAGCAUCGAGAUAAAUACGGUGGAUAGUUUCCAAGGACACGAACGGGACAUUAUCGUGAUGUCCUGCGUUAGGACAAACGGGAUCGGAUUUCUGUCGGAUCCACAGCGACUCUGCGUCGCUUUGACAAGAGCAAAACACUGCCUCGUAUUAUGCGGAAAUUUCGCGGCAUUCAAGAGAGACGGAAUGUGGAAUGCUCUGUUGGAAGAUGCUCAGUCCCGAAGAAAUUACAUAAGAAUCCAAGCUACCGCGCGUCCAAACGAAAUACUGUCGCAUCUAGUCAGAUGACAUGACAAAUUGCGCCAUGUCAAAGAACGUUAAAUAUAGGAAUUUCGUAAUUAUAAGUCGAGUAAUGAAAUAUUUGAAAUAACAACCGAAUGCAGUGAACCUGU